GCUGCUGACAUAGGAGUUCGUCUCACUCCUUGUAUGGAAAGACAGUAGUAUAUGAUCAUCAUCAACAGAGGGGGGUUCAGGCAAAGUGAUCUAGACAAGAGCUGUCUGACAAGCGCUUUUCAUUACGGAGAGGAGAAGAUAGAAGACCAUCCUCUCGUGCAGGAAAAUAACACCCUAAAUGACCACACCUCGUCAAUCAAUUAAAAAACUAAAAUCUCUGGAAACAGAAAAAGGAAACAACUGAGAGCUGUUCGAAAGUAGCACUGACGGCGGCUGAUCAGAUUAGCUUGUGUAACCCAGACUGUUAUCUGGCUAAGUGUGACUACAACAAGCUGCUGUGGACUUACACUGUAUCCCUUUAUAAUAUCUUAUUCUGGAUCAAAGCUCUAGUUGUGGGUUGUAAAUUUUUUUAAGCAAUGGAAUCCUACAACAUAGCCGUCUUUUUGAUCGUACUUUUAUCUUCGCUAAUGAAUCUUUCUUCAGAAGAGUUUCCUACUCCACUAACGGUAAAGACGUGGGUGGAUAAGAUGCAGGAGGACCUUGUCACAUUGGCCCGUACAGCAAGUGGAGUUGAUCAGCUAGGCGCGGUAUUUUUGAAAAACAGGGAUUCCUAUACAGUGGAAAUGAAUAAUGCUCAGCAGUUGGUGGAAAGUGCAGCCUGGAAUAUAGAAAAACUACUGCUGAACAGAUCAAUGGCUUUGGAGACACUUGCAACAGCGGCUGAGAAUUUCCAGAUGGAACACCAGUGGAAAAAUGAGUUUGGGGAAAAUGAGACAAUGUACUACAAUGCAAAAGAUAACUUAGACUUACAGAGGCUCAUGAGACAACAUGGAUACCCUACACGCCAGUCUGAUUCUAAUGAGACUGGACGAAUCAAGCCAGAAUUCGUAGAAGACCCUUCCUUCAAACGACGUAUUAACUACAACCACACUGCCGUCCAUAUCCCCACUGACAUCUAUGAAGGCUCCACUAUAGUGUUAAACGAACUGAACUGGACUGCAGCAUUGGAAGAUGUUUUUAAGAAGAACCGUGAUGAAGAUCCCACGUUGCUGUGGCAGGUGUUCGGCAGUGCAACUGGUUUGGCACGAUAUUACCCAGCCUCUCCAUGGAUGGAUUCUUCAAAAACACCGAAUAAGAUUGACCUGUAUGAUGUUCGCCGGCGGCCAUGGUACAUUCAGGGAGCUGCCUCACCUAAAGACAUGCUGAUUCUGGUGGAUGUGAGUGGAAGUGUUUCUGGCCUGACGCUCAGGUUGAUCCGGACAUCGGUGUCUGAGAUGUUGGAAACACUUUCUGAUGACGACUAUGUGAAUGUAGUUUCUUUCAACAAUGAUGCCAAGAAUGUCAGUUGUUUCACCCAUCUUGUUCAAGCCAACGUCCGCAAUAAGAAGGUGCUGAAAGAUGCUGUUCAUGAAAUCUUAGCGAAGGGAAUCACAGAUUACAAAAAGGGCUUCAGCUUUGCCUUUGAGCAGCUGUCGAAUUUUAAUGUCUCUCGAGCCAACUGCAACAAGAUCAUCAUGCUGUUCACUGACGGAGGGGAAGAGCGAGCUCAGGAGAUCUUUGAGAAAUACAACCCAGAAAAGAAGGUCCGUGUAUUUACAUUCUCUGUUGGUCAACACAACUAUGAUAAAGGCCCAAUUCAGUGGAUGGCCUGUGCCAAUAAAGGACACUAUUAUGAAAUUCCAUCCAUUGGAGCCAUAAGGAUCAACACUCAGGAGUACCUUGAUGUCUUGGGAAGACCAAUGGUGUUGGCUGGUAAGAGGGCCAAACAAGUACAAUGGACAAAUGUGUACCUGGAUGCACUGGAACUUGGUCUUGUUAUCACAGGAACACUGCCAGUCUUCAACAAAACCAAAGAGCUCAAGUCAAAUGAGAAAGGUGCUGUUCCAAGACAGAACCAGCUGAUUCUUGGAGUUAUGGCAAUCGACGUGUCUCUUGAGGACAUUAAGAGGCUCACGCCUCGCUUUACAAUUGGCCCAAAUGGUUACUAUUUUGCAAUCGACCCCAAUGGCUAUGUUUUGCUCCAUCCUAACCUUCAACCAAAGAAAAGGAUCCGUAGGAUCAAACGUAAAAACAAAUAUGCAUUAACCUUCAAGGAGACGAUUGGUGUAGGCAUCCCAAAGGUUUAUACGGGAAAACGGAAGCCUGUUUUCCAGGAGCCUGUUACAUUGGAUUUUCUGGAUGCUGAACUGGAGAAUGAUGUCAAAGUGGAGAUUCGACGGAAAAUGAUUGAUGGAGAAAAAGGAGAGAUUAAAAUAAACACACUGGUGAAGUCUCAGGAUGAGAGGUAUAUUGACAAGGCAGUCAGAACAUACACCUGGACCCCAGUGAAUGGCACAGAUUACGGCCUGGCAUUGGUAUUACCGUCCUACAGUGCUUACUAUAUUAAGGCCAACAUUGAAGACACAAUCACACAGGCCAGAUCCAAAAAGAGCAAAUUGAAGGUUUCCGAAACCCUGCAACUUGAUCAUUUUGAAGAAUAUGGUUACACAUCAAUUGCACCAAGGGAAUACUGCAAGGACUUAAAACUGUCAAGCAACAAAACCCAAUUUCUCUUGGAAUUCAAUGAUUUUAUUGACAGGAAGUCACCCAAUCAUCCAUCUUGCAAUGUUACACUUGUUAACCGACUCUUACUUGAUGCUGGCUUUUCAAAUGAAUUGGUGCAGUACUGGAAAAAGCAAUCUCCCCAAGGAGUUCUUGCCAGGUUUGUCGCUACUGAUGGUGGAAUUACAAGAAUUUACCCAAAAAGUGCUGGGGAGGAUUGGACAGAAGAUGCAGAGACAUAUGAAGCAAGCUUUUACAAGAGGAGCCUGGAUAAUCCAUUUUAUAUCUUCACUGCACCAUACUUCAACAAUUCAGAAAUUGGUGUGAGUGGGUUUGAUUCUGGUAUAAUGGUGAGCAGAGCAGUUGAAAUUACAGUGGAUGGGAAACUAUUAAAACCUGCUGUUGUUGGAGUAAAGAUUAAUGUCACUACCUGGAUGGAGAACUUCACAAAAGCCACAAUGAGGACAGAUUGCACGAGUGAGAUAUGUGACUGUGAGAAAAACAACAAGUAUGUAGACUGUGUGAUUCUGGAUGAUGGUGGAUUCCUCUUGAUGUCUAAUCAGGAUGAGUAUAUCUCACAGAUUGGCAGGUUCUUUGGAGAGAUUGACCCCAGUUUCAUGAGGAACCUUAUACAGGUGCCUCUGUAUUCAUUUAAUAAGUCUUACGAUUACCAGUCUGUGUGUGAUCCAGAGAGAGAUACCAAGGCUGCAGCUGGUCUACGUUCUGUCUUUGUGCCUACAAUAGCAGAUAUUUUAAACAUUGGCUGGUGGGCUUCUGCAGCUGCAUGGUCAAUAUUGCAGCAGUUAUUUUUAAGCCUUACUUUCCCAAAUUUUCUAGAAGCAGCUGACAUUGAAGAAGAGAUGGCAGCUCUGUCAAAGAAAAGCUGUAUUACCGAGCAGACUCAAUAUUUCUUUUCCAAUAAUAUGAAAUCAUUUAAUGGGGUCCUAGACUGCGGAAACUGUUCCAGAAUAUACCACGCAGAAAAGCUGGCAAACACAAACUUAGUAUUCCUGAUUGUUGACAGCAAAGUGACCUGUCUGGCCUGUGACUCAAAACCAUUGAUUCAAGCAGAACAGCCAUCCGAAGGACCAAACCCUUGUAAGUUAGCUCAGAACCCUAGGCAUAGGAAAGGACCAGAAGUCUGUUUCGACAACGAUGACAAUGAUGAGCCUAUAUGCACAACAAGUCGUGCCUCUGCCAUGGUGUCAACUCCUCUCUUCAUUUUACUGCAAGUUUUCAUGUGGUGUAAAGGGAGGAUGAUUCUGACUGUGGUGGGGUCUCUGCUUUGAGCCCAUCAUUGUGGUCCGUGAUUGGAAUUCAACUUGUGCUGCUUUGGCUCUUAACUGGAUCAAGACAUUACCCGUCAUGACCCCAGAAAUAAAGGCCAAGACCCUUUCUGCAUACAUUUCAAGAUCCUGCCAAAUUCUGUUUCCGAAAUUUUAUGUUGACAGGGGUUGAUGAAAACAAAAGAAAAAAAAAUGACCCAGGAAGUAGAAGACUGAUCAUGUCCAUACCCUGGAGUAAUUUUGCCUGGGAAAGCCACUGACCUUUCAAUGAAGAAGAACAUUGAACGUUACUCCAUCUGAAGCUGAAUGCCCCCACAAAGGCAGUCUGAUUUUUUGAAGGAAACUAUUGGGGAAAGCUACUUCAUUUAUGUUGUGGUUUCUAGGUGUGCUUCUUUUUCAAAAUAAAAAUAGUAAUAUAAUUUAUAUUUUAAAAAAAUCCAGACUUUCAAAAAUGCAUAAAGACUUAAAUUGCUGCCCCUAGUAACUGUUUUGUUAGUAUUUUUGAUGAAUGUUAAUUUAGGGUUUUGAAGGCUAGUAAUUGGUUACAUGCUGUUGUAAAGUGUAAAAAUAAGCAUGGCAGAUCGCUCUUCUAAAAUAAAAAGAAGCAUAAACCCCAUUUCAGAGAGUUUACAAACACAGACUAAGAGUGCUGAUGGUUCCACACUUAAAGCAGCAUCAGUGAUGAAUUAAUGUAUCCUUUACCUGUUAUGAAAACCAAACAUAAAAUUAAAAUAGUGGUUGGUUGCUUGGUUUAUACAAAUAAACCCAUACGCAAUGCAUCAACAUUUGGGGUAGAUUUACUAAGAUAUGUUCUUUUUUUUUUUUUUUUCCAGUAGCUAAACAUGAGUCAUGUUUACUAAAUGGUGUUUGCCUAAAAUGUAUUGAACAAGACAGUGUUGAGUGUGUCUGCAACACUUUUCCAAAGACUGAAAAGCUGUCUCAUGCAUAUGGUAAUUUGGCAUACACCCUUUCAAGAUCACAAGCAUUUGAAUCCCAUCUUAUAUUUCGAUUUUAAUUUUUAAUUAUUAUUAUUAUUAUUAUUAUUAUUAUUAUUAUUAUUAUUAUUAUUAUUAUUAUUAUUAUUAUUAAAUAUGUAUUUUUUUUUACCAUUAUUUUAACUUAAAUAUAAUUCCUUCAAGUUUACCAAUAAAUACAGCUGAUAAUGUUCAGCUGUAUUGAGGGGCUUCUUGUGAUUACAAAUACAAGACUGAAAUGUACAUCUUGUACGAUGUCUUUCUUUUUAUUGAUAAGAUUUGCUUCCAUAAUGCAGAUAAUCUAGUCAAUCUACCCCUUAAUCUUGCAGUUCAUUUCCUUGAAAACCUCAAACAACAUAUCAGGUUUAUUAUUUUAAUUUAUUUUUGCUUACCAUUCUCUUUUCAUAAACAUUGUUAUUGACAGACAAACAGAAUUGCAUUUACUUUUUUGACGUGCACUCUUUGAUUAGCUGGUGAGCCUCUACUGGAAUUGCAAAGCCUCUUUCUGCUUACGUUUUUUCAGGUCACCUAAGCAGUUAAGACUUUUUCAUGUGUUGUUUAUUCAUGCCAAAGGGAAUCAAUCCACCGCCCAUUCAAUCAUACUGUAACACAUCAAUUUAAUUGCAAUGUGAUACAUAUACUUAGAGCUGGCCAGACCCUUUUUUAUCAUUCUAAAAGCUUGUGAAUGAAAAUGUAUUUUGGUGUAAAUGGCUUUUUGGUUGUCAAGGGUACGUUUGCAUGAUGCUGCUGUUUGUUUAUUUUUGAUUUGUAUCUAUUCUGUUUGAUUGUAGAAUGUUUUGUCUUGCAAAAGGCAACAGAGCAGUUAGUGUUGUGUGGAAACGGAACAGUACAAUGUAACUCAUUGAGACCUAAACGUCUGUUGUGUACCUGAACAUAUUGUGCUAUAAACAGGCUAAAAGAAAACAUUCAUGCUUUACUACCUAAUAUUGUCGGUAAGAUUGACCCUUUAUUUAAUUUGAUUGAAUUUGGUGCACCAUCAUUUUUAUAUCAAUUGCUUGUGUUCAGUGACUUAAAUGAUGUAUAUGAAAACCCUACUAUUUUUAAAGAGUAUUUAUGACAAUCUUUUAAAAUUUUGCAUCAAAUUAUCAUCUUUGGUCAUGUGUAACAUUAAGUUAUUGAAAAAUGUUUCAAAUUAAAAUAAAAGGAAUUCGUAAAGUUACCCUUGGUCACCCUUUAUAACUGAAUUCUAAAUAAAACCAAGUGAUUACAAAUUGAAAAA